UUGGCUAUUGGCUAUUGGCUUUCGUUUCGGCUUCGCAAAAUUCACGGUCUGGCUGGUCAAUUUUCGUCGGCGCUUGAGGUUAAUUGUUCACAUAGGUAGUCCUAAUAUUAUAAUUGAAAAUGACAACACAGAUAUUCAAUCGUCUUGGCCAGCUUGGACUUGGGUUGGCUGUGGUUGGGGGUGUCGUCAACUCGGCUCUUUACAAUGUUGAUGGUGGCCACCGAGCUGUCAUCUUCGACAGAUUCACUGGUAUUAAACAAUUGGUUAUUGGUGAAGGGACACAUUUCUUCGUCCCCUGGGUCCAGAGACCGAUCAUAUUUGAUGUGAGGUCUCGUCCCAGGAACGUUCCUGUCAUAACUGGAAGCAAAGAUCUUCAAAAUGUCAACAUUACGCUGAGAAUACUGUUCCGACCCAUUCCUGAACAACUGCCGAGGAUCUAUACUAUUCUUGGUGUGGACUAUGACGAAAGAGUGUUGCCUUCCAUCACAACUGAAGUUCUGAAAGCUGUUGUAGCCCAGUUUGAUGCUGGAGAGUUGAUCACACAGAGAGAGCAAGUCUCGCAGAGAGUCAGCAAGGCCCUUGUAGAGAGAGCUGCACAGUUCGGUGUCAUCUUGGACGACAUCUCCAUCACACAUUUGACGUUUGGAAAAGAAUUUACACAAGCCGUUGAACUGAAACAAGUUGCCCAGCAAGAGGCAGAACGUGCCAAGUUCCUUGUAGAAAAGGCAGAACAACAGAAGAACGCAGCAAUUAUCUCCGCAGAGGGUGAUGCUACUGCUGCAGCAAUGUUGGCUAAGUCAUUCGGAGACGCAGGUGAAGGUCUAGUCGAAUUGAGACGAAUAGAAGCUGCUGAAGACAUCGCAUACCAACUGUCUCGGUCACGUAAUGUCUCUUACCUUCCACCGGGACAAAACGUACUUAUGAACCUGCAAGCCCAGUAGCAUCGUUAACUCUACCAAUAGACUGAGUGUUGCGCAUUUUGAUUGUUAUAUUGUACAAUGUUUAUAUUUAAUUUUGUUACAUCUUGAGUUACUAUGACAAAACUUAUUUUUUUUACUGGGUGAAACUGUCAAAUAAUGUAUUCGAAAACAGUUGCCAGCUAUCUUUAUUUGUCCAUCAUGUGUUUUUGCAGUCAUUGAAUUUUGUAGUUAAAUUAGCCUUACAAUAAAAAUGUUUGUAAAUUUCA